AUGAUCGUGGAAGAACAAUUCUUUCGGCCAGAUUGGCGCUUGCGAUGUAUCUUUGGAGUUAUUGGCUUGCUGAACUUUGCAGCCGCCCUCGAUGCGACUUCACUCUCAGUUGCGAUUCCUACCAUUGCUGAAGAUCUGGGCGGAACCUCAGUCGAGGCCUUUUGGUCGGGAACAUCGUUCCUCGUCUGCUCCUGCGUCUUCCAGCCAGUCUUCACGCUGAGCUCCGCAAUUUUCGGCAGCACUCGCAUGCUGUUCGCCGCGGUGGUAGCCUUUUCUCUAGGCGCAAUCCUCGCUGCCGUCGCCCAAGGCUUUACCCUCCUCCUCAUCAGUCGCUGCAUCCAGGGCGUCGGCGGCGGCGGCAUCAUCGCCCUCACCGAGGUCCUGAUCGCCAAUUUGAUUCCCCUCCAGGAGCGUGGCAAAUGGAUGGGUUUCCGCGCACUCACCUGGGCCUUGGGCACAGUCAUCGGCCCCGUCAUCGGCGGCGCCCUGGCCGAGCACGCCUGGCGCUGGAUCUUCUGGAUCAACCUCCCCUUCUGCGGCCUUGGGCUCGUCCUCAUUCCGCUCGUCAUGCGCCUCCACCGCGACAGCAGCCCUCUCUGGAACCGCCUCGUAACAGUUGACUACAUCGGCAGCGUCCUCUUCGUCGGUUCGCUCUCCUCCUUCCUCGUGCCCCUCAGCUGGGGCGGAAUCAUGUACCCCUGGACCUCGUGGCACACUCUCGUCCCGCUGAUCCUCGGCGUAGCAGGCCUCGCUCUCUUCGCGGUCUACGAGGCCACCGUGCUCAGCAACCCGCUCAUCCCACUCAAGAUCUUCCGUACCCCGACAACCGUAAUCAACUACCUCGGCUGCUUCCUGCACGGCAUGAUCAUGUGGUGCGUGCUGUACUACCUCCCACUAUACUACGAGGCAUCACUCGGUUAUAGCGCCGUUAGCGCAGGCGUAGCAAUCCUCCCUCUAACCCUAACCGUCGCCCCGCUCUCUGCGGUAACGGGUGUGCUCAUCGCAAAAACGCACCGCUACCGCUCCAUGAUCUGGUUCGGGUGGACGACCGCCACCCUCGGUGCGGGGAUCAUGUACCUCCUCGACGAGGACACGACAAUCGUGCAGUGGAUAUUUCUUACACUGGUUAGCGGGAUUGGCCUGGGGUCGCUGUUCACGAGCAUGAUGCUCGCCGUGCAGGCCUCCGCGGAUCCGGCUUUCCUCUCAAUCACAGCGUCCAUGGCGGCGUUUUUUAGAACGCUCGGCCAAACAAUCGGCGUUGCGAUUGGCGGCGUGGUCUUCCAGAACCGCGUUCGCGUCGAACUCUCGGAGCAUCCGAGUUUAUCAGCGCAGGCAAGUGACCUCGCACGCGAUGCCGCUAGUCUCGUGCAGUAUAUACAGAGCUUACCACAUGGCGUUGGAGCCACAGGCACAGAUGAGAGAGCCAUACUCGAGGAGUCGUACGCAUCCGCACUAGGAAUCGUCUGGGCUACGCUGUGUGGCCUCGCGGGCCUAGGUCUCAUCACCAGCUUGCUCACGAAGGAGUAUCCGAUGGUUCAGGCGUUCAGCCCGCAACAGGGGAUUCGAGGCGAGGCAAUCCAAGAUGGUGAUGUGGCGGAGGAGAAAACGGGGUGAGAGUUAGGGCUCAGAGGUAGGGCUAGAGAGCGGGCGAGAGAUCGAUCUAUCGUCAUUGGUGACAUGCUCUUCUCAAUUCGCCCGCAAGCAAGGACGGUAGUACUUACAGUGGCAUGAUUGAUAUUACUCAAUAAACCUGUGUUAUUGGUAU